CACAGAACCUCUAUAUAUUCCUAAAGGAGGGAAAGGCAGACCCAUACCGUGCUGAAGUUGAGUUCGGGCAGUCUCAACAUCUUGUUCACAGCUUGAGCUCAAAACCCAAGAAGUCAAAAUGUGCAAGGGACUAGCAGCCCUGCCCCACUCCUGCCUGGAAAGGGCCAAGGAGAUUAAGACAAAGUUAGGCACUCUCCUGCAGAAGCCUGAUGCCACUAUUGACCUGAUCAUACCCUAUCCUGACAAGCCAGAAAAGCCUGUGAAGACUCAAAAGCCAUCACCAGAAGAGGCUUUACAGUGGCGUGAUUCCUUGGAGAAGCUUCUGCAGAACAACUAUGGACUUGCCAGCUUCAAGAGUUUCCUGAAGUCUGAGUUCAGUGAGGAGAACAUUGAGUUCUGGAUUGCCUGUGAGGAUUAUAAGAAGACUAAGUCACCUAUCAAGAUGGCUGAGAAGGCAAAGAAAAUCUAUGAAGAAUUCAUCAGAGCUGAGGCACCUAAAGAGGUGAAUAUCGACCAUUUCACUAAAGCCAUGACCAUGAAGAACCUGGUGGAACCGUCACCAAGCAGCUUUGACAUGGCCCAAAAGAGGAUCCAUGCCCUAAUGGAGAAGGAUUCUCUGCCGCGAUUCAUUCGGUCGGAGUUUUAUCAGGAACUGAUCAAGUAACAAUGAAAAAGGCAUCUUGGGAGUCCUUUCCCCCCAUAGCAACUUCUUUUUUCCCCAGAGUUUUCCAGAGUAGCCCUACCCUGAAGAUUAUCCAACCUGAAAUCAUCCCAGGUGGUGUUGCUAAGAUGUUUUUUCCCUACAUUGUUUUGGAUAUACUCGAAUUUGACCAGUGUUACCACUUUCAACCAAGUCAUUAAAUCUCAGAAUCUCAGAAUUGGAAGACACCCACAGAGACUGUCCAGUCCAGUCCAGACCUGCGUGAGAAUCCUCUCCACUAUAUUCUUGAAGGUUUCAUCCUGCCUCUUCUCUCCUUGUAUGAAAAGGACAUUCAGCUUCAGGGUCCAAUCAGAUCGGUCACUGCAAUGCCCUGAAAAGGUUCCCCUGGUCAAAAAUUAAGCAAGGGCUGAGGAGGACAAUCAACUAUAAUGAAGGAUGUGGGCAAAUCUGGUUUCAAUAAUACAACUAGAUGACUACAAAUUGGGCUGACAGUGGUCCUAAUUCUGGAAAACUAGUUUAGAGUUCAAUCAUUUUCAUUUGUAGUUGUUUUGUUGUUGUUGUUGUCAUGACCCAGAAAGGAUCAGAAUGCCAAAGUGAGUAUCAUUACUUCUUUGGGGGCUUCUGAACCAGCAUGGCUGUCCAGGAAGUGGCAGAGAUCUUGUAGAGUAGUCUAUUCUUUAUUUUCUUAAGCAGAUAUUACAUGAGUUAUUGAAACACAAUAUGGUACAGUGGCUUAUAGAGCCAACCUUGGAAUCUGGAAGACCUGGAUUCAAGUUUUGCCUCAAACAUAUACAACAAAGUCAUUUAACCUCUCAGAGGGCCAAUCAACUCUCAUAGACCGCAAAUCACCAAAUAAGUAUUGAUCUGUAGUCAUAGAGAAGGUCUCCUCUUUGAUGAUAGGCUUUAAUUUUUUUUUAAUUGCUAUUGGGGGCAACUAGGUGAUUUUGUAGAUUGAGAGCCCAGCCUAGAGGCAGAAAGUCUUGGAUUCAAAUCUGACUUCAGAUACUUCCUAGCUAUGCCACUCCAGGCAUGUUACUUAACUCCCAUGGCCUAGCCAUUAUAGCUAUUCUGUCUUAGAAGCAAUACACAGUAUUGUUUCUAAAAGAAAAAGGCUUUUUUAAGCUACUCUAUAAAAUUUUGGAUAUUUCUUGAGCAUCUUAAUGUAAGCUGAAUGUAGAAAAUGCUAUUUUUCAAUCAUUUUUGUCAAUAUAAAAACAGCCUAAUAUAAUACAGUUCUACAAUCUUCUUCCCUUAGAAAGAAAAUACUAGAUUAUACUAUGCAAACAUCAAUCCAGUCGUAACAGUACAGGCUUUUUUUAGUCCAAGGUCUUGACUCAAAGUGUGAUUUUUUUUCAAAUUACCUUCUGUACAUCAGAAGGCUUAAAUUUCCAAAACUUCUCACAUCAAUUUGUGCAAAAUAAAGCCCACUUGUAUUCAAACUCAUUGUUAAAGGAAUGACAGGGGCAGAAGGCAGAACCAACUUGUGAUGAUUCAGCCAAUGAAAGGAGAAAUUAUGUAGAUGGGGAGAAAAAGGGAUAGUGUUCUUUCUGUAACAGUUAUUCCAGAUCCAAGUCCUUGACAUGGCCAACCUUCAUGCUAACAAUGUCUGAGACCAUGAACCAAUAAGAACAGUGAUAAUCACAGUUUAUCCUUUAAGAAAAGAUAAAGAUCUUAUACAUUCCCUUCCCUCCACACCAUCCCCCCACACCCUGAAUUGAAUAUUUUCAUAGGAUACUUAAUGUCCCUUGGUUGGCCAAUUAUUCUACACCUAGAAAAAAGGGAGGAGGUGUUUAAAAAUUAUGAAAUAUGUAUACUUACCUAAAAUAUAUGCCUAUAACCCAUUACCCAUCAUACUUACUUAGUAAAAAAAUGACAUGAUCUUUGAACCACCCUUAUUUUCUUUAGGAAAAGUUACUUUGACUCUCCUUAGAGCUAGUCAGAGAUGAAGUAGUCAGUAUUUUCCAAAACAAUGUGGUCUCUUAGCAACCCACAUCUUUCCCUAGUUUCUGCUCCCAACACUAGAGAACUCAUAAUCACAGUAACCAUACAUGUCCCCAAGAUGCCUGACAGAGUCCUUAACUAAUGGUACCAAGGUAUUUUGUGGUAUGUUUGUACUCCUAAUAGUCUAUUUCAGUAUGGUAAACAACCUUGUUCUACUUCUUUCCCCUGUAGUAGAGGUGCCAAAAUCAUCUUUCUUCAAAACUAUUGUGACAUAGAAAUGAAUCUGGAAAUCUGAGCACAUUGAACCAUAUUGUUGAACAAACUUGUGUGGGUAGCUGAGGUAUAGAUGGUGGAUUUCCCUCAGAGGAGAAGCAUUCCGAUGCUAGCAGCAGGAAUAAAGCAUAUGUCAUACUUAAAGCAAAAAGAAUAAAUUGCUUAGUUUCCAGAAAUCGAUUUCCCCUUUCCCCUCCUUUUUUUCUGUUUGUUUCUGUUAUUAUCUCAGGCAUCUAUUAUCAUGAAAUUAUUACUCUAUAGCUUUUUUUUCCCUUUAAGGAGAAUAGAAGGAUUAUUAAAAUAUCACCUUGUUCAUUAAGGCGGGGCUAAUGCUAACCCUAACCCUAUCCCUAUCCCUGCCUCUUGCAGAAUUUUCACAGGAUAUUUCAUCUCUCCUGCUGAACCAUUGUUUGGCAUCCAGCAAAUGGCAAGGUGGAGGGGGUGAAGCGCCUAGACUAACCAAAAGUCACUACCUACAGCUUCCUCGCCAUCUGCUAUGAAUCUGUCCUUCUGGGUCAGGUGCUCACUUCAGACAACAAUCAAUCCAUCACAUGAUGGAGAAUGGCACUGUGUCCAGAAUAUGAUGUCAGUCCAUGAAAUCUUUUUCCCGCUGUCACAAUUUGGUUGGCACUUUCUUCCAACAGCUCAGGCAGCCAGGGUUUUUUAAUUCAGUGGCUUAAAAAAUAAAUUUGGAGGGAGAAUGUAAAACCCAAGCUUGAACAAUUACUUGUCUAGCAGAUAGUGUAGACCAGCCACAGGAAAAGAAAACUCCAAGACAGACUUAUUGGCUCCCAUUUUCUAGAGAUGCUGUCAAUACAGCCAAAACAACCCAAAUAAAAAACAUUUUUUCCAAUUUCCAUAAAAUUAGAGCUUUUACCUAAUAAGCAUAUAAGUCCCUCCCUUCCCAUGCCUCUGAUUAAAUUGAAAUGUCCACAGAAGCUCCCACCAAUUUAAUUAUGAAGCUCAGAUUGAAUUGAUAGAAAUGAUAAUUUAUAAAUUUUAUUUUGGACUGACAUCGUUCAGGCCUUCAUGGUGAGGGUCAGGGAAAGUGGGACCCUUUGGCAACCAGAGGUCUGAAAAAAAAAUUGAGGAGACUUGAAUACCAACUAUAAUGGUGUCAAAAUGUCCAUAAAAAUGGGGAAACAAUUCACACCCAAAUGCACAUAUUCCGUCUAAAUCAUACCAAAAGUCCAGAUAGGUGAGCUUCUCUAGGACCUGACUUGUCAGUCUUUUCUGCUUCUGUUUGGGGUCCCUAAGGCAGAAGUUGAUUGAUCUUAGCAUAGAAGAUAGCUUAGGAUGAUGGAGCAGAAUUAUCCGGGAAAAGGGUAAGAACCAUUAGCUUUUUUCAUGAGCUGUUUUAGCAGGGGAGCAAGGCACUGACUGACAGGAAUUUUCUUGCAAAGCCUAUCAAGCCAGCUCUUUUCAGUAAACCCUCUCCUAAAUUAAAUGUAGUAAUGUUUUUAAUGUCAUACAGACAUCCUUCUAAUAAAUGAAGGAAAAGCCAAUGAACAAGAAAAAAAAUGCUGGAACUCAAAUGGGAAAAACUAAAUACUUUUAAAUCUCUGAAGAAAUUGAUGUGAGAAUCUUUUAUUUAAAGAAUCCGACAAAAAGUUUAAAAAACAAUCCCUGUGUUGCAAGCGGUUUCCAUAGAGGCAUAAUGAAAAUAAUUUCUAUUUCUGGGGAACAGAAAGAAUUGGGUUAAUCAUUCCAGAAUUAAAAAAAAAAGUAAUAGUCUUGAAUCUUCACCCCCCUCCCCUUUUCCCUGGAGCAAAUUGCCUGGGAAAGUAGGAAAGUUAAUGACAGGGCAGCAUUACAUGCUUCCAUUUUCCUUCCUUGUGAAAAUGGAAGUCGCUGCUGUAAGUUGGCUUGGGCCGUGUGAGGUUGUGGAUGGUAGAGGAACCCAACAGGGAUCAAUUGAAGUGGGGAACAUGUUUCUCAUCCCGGAGGGAAAAAAAUGGCGACUAGCCCAGAAAAUCUGGCCUUUUACUUGGCUGGGUUUGCUAUGGAUUAGAGUUGGGUCAGAACAAGAGCUGAGGCAGGGCUGGGACAAAGAAACAGAACAAUGAUCGGGAAAUAAAAUCCAGGUUAUGUUGUUCUGUCUUCUUUGCCAAAAGUACACUUGGACAUAUUCAGGAGUGGACACGGAGAAGCACACUUUUUCUGUCUUUGCCUCCUAGCUGAGCUCCCAGAUGGAAAUCUUGUGAAGUGGGAGUUCUAUUUUUCAGAGAAGCCAAGGUAAUUUAGCCAAAGCACUGCCAAAAAAGAGCAAAAUGAAGCCAUAAAUGAAGUUCAGGGCCUCUUUCUUCCCUUUUAGUUAUCUCCUGGCUACACAGGGUUGCAUCAAUUGCAAACUCUGCCUUGGUGAGAUUUCUUUUUUACAUAGUUUCUCCUUCUGUCUUUCUCCCAAAUAAGUUCCUUGUGUGCAAAAUCAAGGCUGCAGCGAUGCAGAUGGCAGUUGACAAGCUAUGAUGCACAAAGGCAAUUUCUCUUAGGUUAAGAGUCCCUGGAUUUCAAGUCACAUUAGGUUAUUCAGGACCCACUAAGCCUCUACAUAUCUUUUAUUUAUUUUCUCAUUUCUGCAAAGUUAGAGCGUGUAUUUCAUAUACACACAAGUAAUUCCAUCCAUUUCCAUGACACCAAUAAAAUCAAAAGGGCCACAGAAUCUUCCCCCAACUAAAUUAUUGAGCCAAUAUUGAAGCAACCUGACCUGGAUUGUGAUGUCACUCCUUGUUUAGGCUAACUAAAGCCUUCUGGCUUCAAGGCACCAGAGCUGGCCUGCUUCUGGGAGCCAGACACAUUCCAGUUCAAUCAUUUUCACUUCUGUUCUAUCCCUCAUCCUCUCCUCAGUGCUAUGAUGACUGUGAUGGGCAGAUUCUGGUUCUCUCUUCCUCCCCCUGAAUACUUAAUCUGGCUAGGCUGCAUUUUUUUUUUAAUUUAAAGAAUCUUAAAGAGCACUGAUUUCAUCAUUGAGCUAUGGCUUGUGUGACAUUUGCUCAAUCUUAUUGGCCAAGAAUGUUUCAGAGAAAGAAGUUCCUUCCAUAAAAACGUCCUGUCUAGCUGCAUGUGGCGGCACGGACUCCGAGCAGAUGGGGUGAACUAGGCUGAGGUGUGCCAGACAUAUGCAUCCGCCAUCCAUUAAGAUGAAUCAAAGCUGCAUGCUAAGUUUUCACAAAUCGCCAAGAGGGGAAAAAAAAGACUCCUAAUGGCUAGGAAACAAUUUUGAACAAGCAUCAGACCCUGAUUUAUACAAAGCCCAAAUGUCUGCCUGCUGCCACUUUUCCAAUUGUUUGGAAGGCACUUGCUUCUUAAUAAUGGGUACUCUUCACAGUUCACUGAAUGAUGGAAAAGUGGCUAGAAGGGAGAUGCUUUUUAACCCUGGGCAGGCUUCUGAUUAUAGAAAAGAACAGCUGGAAGCCAGGUGUUCAUUCCUGUUGGGCUGGAGUGGGCUGGGAGGCAGGAGGUUAGGUUGGGGGAAAGAGGCUGGAAAAUUUCCGUGACCCAAGGAGUCUGAACCCCAAGAGCCUGCUAACUCUUUGAGGGUUCCUGCCUGGGGAUCAUAGUGAGAUUCAACACCCCCCUCAGAGGUAUGGUCACAUGGUUGUACCUGGAGUGAGCCUAGCUCACCUUUUUACUUCAAUCAUCCCUCCUGGAGCUGUUGUUGCAUCAAGUCUGCAGUAAACCCAUCUUCCUUCCCCAGGAGGCAUGUCUGGAGCUCGCCAAAGGGGUUGAUCCUUAAGACCUCUCGUGCUCCAUCUAAGGUAAUGUUCUUGAAACGGAGUGGAAGCCUGCAUAAGAUUUUAAGAGGAAAAAUAUCUAAAAUCAACAAACCCCUUAGAAAUUCUCUUUCUAUUUUUUAAUGUUAAUCCAUUUACUCUCUGAUUUUUACUAAACAAACUACACUAUAUUCCCCGCAUGAUUGCUCAGUUUAGAUGAAUUCCUUGUAGGGUAUCUAGCCAUCUCCCUUCCUUGAAGUUUCUCCUUUAUGCCCCAAAAUGUCCUUGAUCUGGCAAAGAGAAAUAGAGCUAGUGGAUGGGAACUAGCAGUCUGGAUGAGAAAAUGGACAACUUUACCAAUCUUUAUCAAUGUCAUGUGGACAUAGGCAGAAUGGAGAGCUGGAGAAUUUGACAGUGGCGCAAGCCAUUCUGAUGAAGCUAAAGGGGCAUUUCCCCCUCCUCAAAAGCAGGACUUAGGGAGAGGGAUGACCCCAAACUUAAUAUUUUCCUAACUUUUGACUUGACUUUGAUUUUGGUUCAUACACUCUUAUGUCCUGGGAAGGACAUGAAAGCCUAUCAUUUGACAUUUAUCCAAUGACCAUCUACUGCAGGGGCAUUCAUUUACGCCUUCCUCUUUUGUUUGCCAUUGCUUUAUGUACUCUGAUAUUUUGUGAUAAAGUAAUCACCAAACCUGUAUUCUGUAACCAUUAUCACAUAUAUUAUAUAUUAAAUUCAUAUCUAUAUGUUA